AUGGCCGACUACGUUUCGGACGACGACGAGGGCGCGCCCAGCCAGGCCAUUCCCACCGGCCCUGCUCCUGGGGCGGGUUUGCCGCCGCCGUCGGACGAGAGCGCAUGGGAGACGACGCUGGCGGGAGCCAUUCCGGCUAUUGUCUCCAUCUCGUUUGCUACGACUGUUCCGUUCUCGACGUAUCGUGCUGGAGCCAGCCAUGCUACGGGCUUUGUGGUCGAUGCUGUCAAGGGCCUCAUUCUCACCAAUGCUCAUGUGGUUCGCCCUGGUCCGGUCAUCGCCUAUGCCUCCUUCUCAAACUACGAGGAGAUCGAACUCUGUCCUCUGUAUCGUGAUCCUGUUCAUGACUUUGGGUUCUUUGCAUUUGAUCCGUCAGCGCUCAAGUUCUUGGAUCCGCUCCCGGCCAUUCCUUUGGCUCCAGACCUUGCUCGUGUCGGCAUCCCCAUCCGCGUCGUCGGCAAUGACGCUGCCGAGAAGCUCUCCAUUCUCCACUCGACCCUUGCUCGCCUCGACCGGCCGGCCCCUUUCUACGGCUCGUCAGCCGCAAAUGACUUUAAUACGUUUUACUACCAGGCCGCGUCUGGAACGUCGGGCGGCUCGUCUGGCUCGCCGGUCCUUGAUCGCUCCGGCGCCGCCAUCGCCCUCAACGCCGGCGGCAAGUCGUCGGCGGCCUCUUCGUUCUAUCUCCCGCUCGAUCGGCCAGCCCGCGCCCUCGCGCUCCUCGCCGCCGGCAAGUCUGUUCCCCGCGGUACCCUCACCACUGUCUUUGCCCACAAGCACUACGACGAGCUCCGCCGGCUCGGCCUCUCUCCCGACGACGAGGCCGCGGCGCGGGCGACGUUCCCAUCCGGCAACGGCCUCCUCGUCGUCUCCAAGGUUCUCGCCGGCUCGGCCUCCGAGGCAGCCGGCCUUGCUGUUGGCGACAUUGUGUGGACGCUCAACGGCGUGCCGCUCAACGAGUUCCUUACCCUCGAGGCCGUGCUCGACGAGUCGGUCGGCAACAAGGUGAGCCUCGCCGUCCGCCGCGGCGGCGAGCUUGUCGAGCUCUGCCUUCCAGUCGUCGACCUCCACGCCAUCACCCCGGCAGAGUAUGUCUCGUUCUCGGCCGGCAUCUUCCACGCUGUUCCCUACCACAUUGCCCUCAAUCGGUCGAUCCCGCUCGAAGGCGUCUACGUCUGCUCCGCCGGCCACGCGCUGGGAUCGGGCGGCUUUGCCGCUGGCUCGGUCAUCACCGCCAUCAACGGCACGCCCGUCCCGGACCUCGACACCUUUGAAGCGCAGCUCGCAGGCUUUGCCGACGGUACCAAGGUCACACUCCAUGCGUUUAACGUGGCUGACCCCUCGCGCAACGUUGUCGCCAUCGCCAUCAUCGACCGCAAGUGGUUCCCUAUGGCCCGCCACGUCCGCAACGACGCCACUGGUGUGUGGGACACGGUGCUCUCGCCGCCGGCGCCGGCGCCGGUGCCGCGCGCUCCGCAGUCAACCCCGCUCCUCGACGCGGGCACGUCGCGCAUUGCAGCGGCCCUCGCGCCUUCGCUCGUUGUCGUCCGCAUGGCCAUUCCACACAUGAUCGACGGCGUCGUCUCGUCGCGGUUCAUCGGCGCCGGGCUCAUUGUCGACGCUGCUCGCGGCCUCGUCGUUGUCGACCGCGGCACUGUCCCCAUCUCGCUCGGCGACGUCCGUAUCUCAUUUGCCAACUCCUUUGACGUCCCGGCCAACGUCCUCUUCCUCCACCCCAUCCACAACUUUGCCAUUGUUCAGUACGAGCCGAGCUUGGUGGGAUCGACGCCGGUGGCGUCGGCGACCCUCUCGAGUACUCCUCUCACCGCCGGCGCGGCCACACACUUUGUCGGCCUCAACGCCGACGAGACGCUCAUCACCCGCGCGUCGUCGGUGACCAAGGUCGCCAAGUUUGGCAUGCGCCGGUCCAAGGCGCCAGCCUUCCGCCAGAUCAACAUCGAGACCGUCCGCCUCGACCUCACGCUCUCGUCCAUCGGCGGCGUGCUUGUCGACGACGACGGCGCCGUCCAGGCGUUCUGGGCCGCUUUUCUUGCCAAGCCUUCCAAGACCGUCGCCGAGUCGGCUGGUGGCAUCCCGGUCACAUCCGUCCUCGCUCCGUUCCUCGACGUCUACCUGUCGCGGCCGAUCCUCACGGAACCAGUCCCGGCCAACACGGCGCAUGUCCAGCUGUGGACGGUCUCGCUCCGCGGCGCUCGUGCGUACGGCCUCACUCAGGCCUGGGUCGACACCCUCGCCGCCAUCUCGCGCUCACACGAGGCACUCAAGGUCGAGCAGGUUGCCUUUAGCUCGCCGGCUGCCGACGCCCUCGCCGCCGGUGACAUUGUCCUCGCCGUCGACGGCACGCCUGUCGCCACCUUUGCCGGCUUUGCUGCCGCCAUUGCUACUGCGCCCUCGGUCUCGCUCACCCUCUGGCGUGGCGGCUCGCAGAUCGAGGUGCCGAUGGAGACCACGCCGCUGGUCUCCGACGAGCGCGCCCGCUUUGUGUACUGGCAGGGUGCGCUGCUCCAGCCGUCGUUCCUCGAGCUCCAGUUGUACCAGAAGGACAUGCCGCGCGGCGUGUACGUCGCCCGGCUUCACGCUGGCUCGUCAGCGCACCUCUGGCGCCUUGUCUCGAAGACCUGGAUUGUUGCCAUCAACAACGUGCCGACGCCCGACCUCGACGCCUGCCUCGCCGUCCUCCGCACCCUCAAGACCGGUGAGAGCGCCCGCCUCCACACGGUCUCACUCCGCGGCAAGACCGUCGUCGUCACCCUCCGCAUCAACAACGAGUACUGGCCCACCGUCGAGUGGCUCCGCAACGGCCUGGAGUGGGAGCGCCGCGUCGUUGAGCCGCUCAACGAGUAG